CCAUUUUCUUAGAAAAUUUGAAAAUUUAAAAGACAGAGGUGAGAGAGGAACAACUGAAAGAAGACGAGUAAGCGACGGGAGAGAUGAAGAAAAGCGGCGGAAGUGGAAGUCGAACCCGGAGAUGCAUAACAGAAAUGUUUCUGGAAACGCGGUUACAAUUUCCAGUGGCUUCUUCCCCUCCAAACCAACCGUCACCGAAAUCGCCAAUUUUCAAUGCCAGCAGCAGGCGCAAGAGGCCGGCCGUCGCUGCCGGAGGAGGAGCCUCAGCCUCUGUUGCAGCGGCGCUCAUGGAAUCCCCCAAAAGUAACGCUUUAGCUUCGAUUCCUGAUCUCAAGCACCUCGCCUCCUCUCGUCUCCGCGAUCUCAAGCUCCACGUCGACAGAUCCCACUGUGAGAUCCUCAAGGAUUUUGAUUCCUCUCAAUCUCGCCUCCACAAGCGAUUCAAGAUCCAGAGCCAGACAUGCCAACAAGUUUUGGAUGAAGCAGAUAAGGAAUACAAGAAGAUGACCAAAAGGAUUACUGAAAGUCGGGAAGCAAUGGCGGCUUCGUAUGCAGAGUUCAUGGCAGAUGCACAGACCACUGCUUCCCGUGCUUGCAAAACAUCAAUCGCUGAGCUUUCACAGUCCUUUGAGAAACAAAUCGAUGCUCUUUGCAGCUGGUAUGGCAUUUCAACAAAUUAGCAAUCAAUUGUCCUUGCAAUAUGAUCUACUGAAAGCCUUAGGUGACUGUUCUACUUUUUAAAAUUGUUUACUGCUGGUGGGAUAAUUCAGUUUUAUGUGUUUUUAAGCGUCUGAUUACGCUGUUU